AUGGGCGGCCCGGCGGCGCGGAGGGGCGCCGGGGGGCUCCGCGCGCUGCUCCUGGCGCUGGUGGCCGCGGCGACCCCCGCGGGCGCCUACAACCUGGACCCGCAGCGGCCCGUGCGCUUCCAGGGCCCUGACGGCUCCUUCUUCGGCUACGCGGUGCUGGAGCAUUUCCACGACAACACGCGCUGGGUCCUUGUGGGCGCACCAAAGGCGGAUUCAAAGUACAGCACUUCGGUGAAAUCCCCUGGGGCUGUGUUCAAGUGCCGUGUCCACACCAACCCAGAUCGGAGAUGCACCGAACUGGACAUGGCUCGAGGGAAGAAUCGGGGCACAUCCUGUGGAAAGACCUGCCGGGAAGACCGGGAUGAUGAGUGGAUGGGGGUGAGCCUGGCUAGGCAGCCCAAGGCUGAUGGCAAUGUGCUGGCCUGCGCCCAUCGCUGGAAGAACAUCUACUAUGAAACAGACCACAUCCUGCCGCACGGCUUCUGCUACGUCAUCCCGUCCAACCUCCAGGCCAAAGGCAGGACGCUGAUCCCUUGUUAUGAAGAGUAUAAGAAGAAGUACGGGGAGGAACAUGGCUCCUGUCAGGCUGGGAUCGCAGGCUUCUUCACCGAGGAGCUGGUAGUCAUGGGCGCCCCAGGGUCAUUUUAUUGGGCCGGGACGGUCAAAGUGCUGAACCUUACGGACAACACCUAUUUCAAACUGAACGAUGAAGCGAUCGUGAACAGGCGGUACACAUACCUGGGCUAUGCAGUGACUGCCGGCCACUUCUCUCACCCGUCCACCACCGAUGUGGUAGGGGGUGCUCCACAGGAUGAAGGCAUCGGAAAGGUUUAUAUUUUUAGAGCUGACCGACGAUCAGGCACCUUAAUUAAGAUUUUUCAGGCAUCAGGUAAAAAGAUGGGCUCUUACUUCGGCUCCUCCUUAUGUGCAGUUGACCUGAAUGCGGACGGCCUCUCUGACCUGCUGGUGGGUGCCCCCAUGUUUUCUGAGAUCAGGGACGAGGGGCAGGUCACCACCUACAUCAACAGAGGAAACGGAGCCCUCGAGGAGCAGGUGGCCCUGACCGGGGACAGCGCCUACAAUGCUCACUUUGGGGAAAGCAUUGCCAGCCUGGGCGACCUUGACGACGACGGGUUCCCAGAUGUGGCCAUUGGCGCACCCAAGGAAGAUGACUUCGCGGGGGCAGUCUAUAUCUAUCAUGGCGAUGCCGGUGGGAUAGUCCCUCAGUACUCAAUGAAACUGUCUGGGCAGAAGAUAAACCCGGUACUGCGGAUGUUUGGUCAGUCCAUAUCAGGAGGCAUUGAUAUGGAUGGAAAUGGCUAUCCCGAUGUAACCGUUGGAGCCUUCAUGUCCGACAGCGUGGUCCUUCUAAGGGCAAGACCCGUCAUUACGGUGGACGUCUCCAUCCUCCUCCCAGGCUCCAUCAACAUCACGGCACCUCAGUGUCAUGACGGACAGCAGCCUGUCAACUGCCUGAAUGUCACCGCCUGCUUUAGCUUCCACGGCAAGCACGUGCCAGGAGAGAUCGGCCUGAAUUAUGUUCUGACGGCGGAUGUGUCCAAAAAGGAGAAGGGCCAGCUGCCCAGGGUCUACUUUGUGUUGCUGGGAGAGACCAUGGGUCAGAUCACAGAGAAGCUGCAGCUGGCCCACAGGGAGGAGACGUGCCAUCACUACUUGGCCCAUGUGAAGCGGAGAGUCCAGGACGUCAUCAAUCCAAUUGUGUUCGAAGCAGCCUACAGCCUCGGCGAGCAUGUGACUGGAGGGGAGGAGAAAGAGCUGCCAGCCCUGACACCAGUGCUUCGCUGGAAGAAGGGACAGAAGAUCGCCCAGAAGAAUCAGACCGUUUUUGAAAGGAAUUGCCGUUCCGAGGACUGUGCUGCGGACCUGCAGCUUCGGGGUAGACUGUUGCUCUCCAGCGUUGAUGAAAAAACCUCGUAUCUGGCUUUGGGGGCCGUGAAGAAUAUCUCCUUAAACAUCUCCAUAUCCAACCUUGGGGACGAUGCCUAUGAUGCCAAUGUGUCCUUCAAUGUUUCCCGGGAGCUGUUCUUCAUCAACAUGUGGCAGAAGGAGGAGAUGGGCAUUUCCUGUGAGCUGCUGGAACCGGACUUCCUCAAGUGCAGUGUGGGAUUUCCUUUCAUGAGGUCGAAGUCAAAGUAUGAAUUCAGCGUGAUCUUUGAUACAAGCCACCUGUCUGGAGAAGAGGAUGUCCUUACAUUCAUCGUUACUGCUCAGAGUGGCAACGUGGAGCGCUCCGAGUCUCUGCACGACAACGCCCUCUCGCUGACGGUGCCGCUUAUGCACGAAGUGGACACGUCCAUCACGGGACUUAUGUCUCCAACCUCGUUUGUAUAUGGCGAGUCUGUGGACACAUCCAGCUUCGUCCAGCUAGAUGACCUGGAGUGUCGUUUCCAGCGCCUCAACGUCACCCUUCAGGUCUACAACGCUGGGCCGAGCACCCUCCCUGGGUCAUCUGUCAGCAUCUCCUUCCCCAGUCGACUGUCCUCCGGGGGUGCGGAGAUGCUUCACAUCCAGGAGAUGAUGGUGGGCCAAGAAAAGGGAAACUGCUCUUUCCAGAAAAAUCCAACCCCAUGCAUCAUCCCUCAAGAACAAGAAAAUAUCUUCCACACAAUAUUUGCCUUUUUCACAAAGUCUGGAAGAAAAGUCUUGGACUGCGAAAAACCAGGAAUAUCUUGCCUAACAGUGCACUGUAACCUUAGCACUCUCGCUAAAGAAGAAAGUCGUACGAUCGACGUUUACAUGCUGCUGAACACAGAAAUACUGAAAAGGGACAGUUCCUCUGUCAUCCAGUUUAUGACUCGAGCCAAGGUGAAGGUGGACCCUGCCCUCAGGGUGGUGGAAAUAGCCGAUGGGAACCCAGAGGAGAUGACGGUGGUCUUUGAGGCCUUGCACAACCUGGAGCCACGUGGCUACGUCGUGGGCUGGAUCAUUGCCAUUAGCCUGCUGGUAGGAAUCCUUAUCUUCCUGCUGCUGGCUGUCCUGCUCUGGAAGAUGGGCUUCUUUCGCCGAAGGUACAAAGAAAUUAUCGAAGCUGAGAAGAACCGGAAAGAGAACGAAGACAGUUGGGACUGGGUCCAGAAAAGCCAGUGACCUGCCACGCCAGCCACAUGACCCAAUGGUUCACUUGUCGUCCUGAUCUUUGUAUCUUCCAUAUUUGGAAGAAAGAUUCUCCUCCAGAUUUCCGGAGGCCCCACUGAUGCUGUUCUCGUCCUCAUUACAUCAAGCCCGGUGCCGCCCGAGGCAGCCACUUUGCCCAGGUCCCACGGCCAGAGCCACCACCACUUCCUCUCAAAGGAGAACUCUGAACUUUGGAAAGCAAGCUACAAAGCUGAGCAAUAUUUAUGGAUGCAACACGCGUGGCCAACCCUCAGGGGAAAACUGUUACCUAAAGUAUUUUUAUAAAUAUAAGCCUUUUAUACUGAUUAUGUCUUUAUAUUUGUAUCGAUGAUUUAUUAUUUCUAUUAAAUAGUUAUAUAAUUCACUCAAGCACUGAUACCUGGCCUGAAAUCUUGGAAAUGUAUGGCACAUGCUUACAAAUUUUAAAGGAUUAAAAACUUUCUUGUACUUUGGAACUUGCUGUUGAAAAGACUUGCAGAUAAAUUAAGGUGUAGAAACUUCAUGUAAUGAGCCCACCAAGCUGCCAGUGCUGCAUAUAAACUGUGGAUGUGGCAAGACCCCUAGGACAGCCCAUGUCUUUGCUGCCUGAAGUCAAGUUUGUUGAAGUCUUGGGCUAACGAGCUCUAAGCGGUUUUUUCACAUGUACCUUGCAUUGGAAAUUUCCCAGCAGGAGUUUGGAUGGAAAAACCUGACUCCUAGCAGUACAUCUGCUCUGUGUCACCGUUACAUGGCAGACGUCUCAGCCUCCUUCCACUCCGAGUCACAGAUGAAAGCUUGGAGCAGUACCAGCUGGUCAUCUGGUAACCCUCAGAACGGCAUUUCUCUCCUGAAUGUCAUGCUUCAGACUCCACACACCGCAAGGACUAAGUCGGUGCCAGCCAAGCAAAGACUUGUGUUUGAAUGCUGUCAGGCAUUGCCUUUUCAUGGUUAUUUGAGGAGGUGGUUGUUGUUGUGUGCCGUGGAGUGGAUUUCUACUCAUGGUGACCCUGUGCGACAGAACACAACUGCCCCGUAGGGUUUCCUGGGCUGUAACCUUUACAGGAGCGGAUCGCCAGGCUUUUUCUCCUGCGGAGCCACUGGGUGGAUUCAAACCUUUCGGUUAGCAGCCUAACGCGUAACCAUCUGCACCACCAGGGCUCCUUAACCUGAGGUUGGAGGUCACCAUUUCCCCAGUGAGUCCUGCGCUCCCGGCUGAUGGUAAUCACAGAUUCCUUCCCAGAGGUGACCAUUCAACCUUAUUUAAAAAACAAAAAGUGUCUGAGGUGGGGUUCCCAGGAAGCAGACCCUGAGACAAAGGUUUGUGUGCAAUUGAUAUUUAGGAAGUGUUUCCAGGGAUACCAGUAAGGGAGAAGGGGAACAGAACAGGCGAGGAGGGAGGAAGCCAGGCGAGGUGCAAUCUCAGGGAAGUCCUGCCGAGGGUGGUUUCAGCCUGAUCCCACAGGAACUCUGGGAUGUAAGUUAUGUCUCAGAGUUGUGCCAACCUGAGAAAAGUGGGCUGGGCUUUCAUAUUUCUGCACUUGGGGCGAUGUGAACUUUCUGCUCUUAGUUCCUGCUGAUAAAAACAGCUCCAGCAUCCCAGGGCAGUCCUCUAAAGGAGAGUCGCAGGUGACCCCCAACCUGGGGGGGCACACAGAAAUGAUACAGAGUGGUCCCAGGGGGUCUGUGCAGAGCACUGACGUCUCCCCGAAGCCCCUGCACAGGUGGAUGCUGAGUUACGACUUUCAGUAUCCAAGCCCUCUGUUUGUCAGUGGUUAUUGUCAGACUCAUUGGGCUGCCCAGUUUUGAGUGCACGGUGAUUUUCUAGAAGGGGAGUGAAGCGGUGGAUGUGGCAUGCCCAGCACUGUACCCGGCCCAUGGUGAACACUCAGUAACUAUCAGCAGCUCCAGCUGCUGUGGCCAUGGCUGGAUGACCAUCUAUAAGAGAGAAAGCAUGAAAGAGCAGUUAUGGCUCGUUACAGGAAUGAAACAGGAACCAAGACCACGGGUUAUUCUUACAGGGCCUUAUUUAGCAGAUACUAACCUGACGGGGAUCUGUGAACAUUGUAGGAAGACUCAGAACUCAGCUUCAGGGAAGACAGGUUUUCUCUCUGUAUCUUUGGCUAAUGCUGGCAAAAUUUUGAGGGUACUGGGCAGGUGCAGACCUGGCAUGGAGUAUUGUGUGACUUUGAGUUUCUUAUUAUGAGGCAGUUGGCUUUGAUGCAAGGAAGAUCACAAGGGCAUCACGCUUCCCUCCGAGGUGAAUGUGGGAACAGACAACAAAAGCCAGAGGAGCAAUGGCACGAACCAGGCUGAGCUUAGAAGGCAGUCAGGAUGUUGCCUCUUACUAGGGGUGGAGACACUGAGGUUACUCCAAGAGAGUCGGGCAAAGAAAGCAAUUCUCAUUCAGAUUUCACUCCUGAGUUUUAUCAAAAGCAGUAAGAAAAGUGGUUUGGGGUGGGUUUUAGUCACUCGUUUAACAAAUAUUGAGGGGUCCCCUGUGCUGGGUGCUAGAAGUUCCCAAUGCAGGCACAUUUGCAUUGGGGUGUCAAACAGAAAACUGUUGCCAUGGAGUCAAUUCAGACCCUUGGCAAAGCCGUGUGUUUCAGAGUAGAACUGCGCUCCAUGGGGUUUUCAGUGGCCUUAAUCUUUCAGAAUUAAAUCAGCAAACCCUCCUGCCUGGGGAUUCCUUCGUGACACCCGCUUUGCAGCUCUCCUUCGAUGGCCUUUUGUUUGUCACAUCAUGUUUUCCUUUAUUAAAUCAUUAGGGUCCUUCAGCAGCAGGCCCAGGGCAGCGCCAUCAGCAGCCUUGAUACGUGCACUUCCAGCCACUGCCCAGCCUCCCCAGGGAGUGCACGCACUUUGGAGACAGUGUAGAAAGGGGACUGGCAGGCACACAAGAGGGGAAAGCCUGUGUCAGGAAGGGUGAUGGGCUCCUGUGGGCAGUCUCAGGCUGGGGUCCGUUUGCUUCUGCUUGCUCCUGAAUGAUAGACCCACAGGGUAUUCAUGUACCCGUGCUAUUUCAUAAGGCAGUGUUUAAGAAAGCCCUGCUUGGCACUACCUGGAACAAAUGCAGGUGGCCACCCUAGGAACCUGUUUUGGAAAGAUGGUGCCUCUGCUUGUCUAAUUAUACUGAGUAGCAAGUGGGGCUACAGGAACCUGGGAGUUAACUGUUCAGCACAGGGAUGGAGAAAGGAAAGUUGAGGAUAUAGCUGGAGCUCUCUCAGCUUGGGCAGGUUCACCAGCUUCAUCCCAGUUCAGACACCCUCAGUAGGCUCUCCAGGGAAGCAGACAGGCAGUGUCAUGGGUUGGGAUGUCACCCCUCCAGAAUAUUCCUGUAAAAUUCCCAGGGUAUUCCAAUUUCCAUCCUUCCUGCUCCCGUGGGUUCACGGUGGGAUCCCGUGAGAUAUUCCCCUGGGCAGCGUUGUUGCAGUCUGUUUCAGCUUUCACUUGCGUGUUCAGCAAGGUUUUAACCAGCUGUCCAGAGAGUCAAGAUGCUUUUUAAAUAUGAAAAGGCCUUUGUAGAAAUGGAAUAAAAUAAUGCCCUUAAAAAAAAAAAAAAAAAGAUCCCCUCAUGCUCAAUUUUACAUGGGACUCAAGAGAGUUUGGGAUAUCCACAAAGUGAGGCCUGGACCCUUCACCAAGAAGACGCCUUGAAGUUUUAGGAACGGGGGCCCUGGGAGGAGUGGGUUGGGUCCAUUUGUUUUCGUGUGGUGACAGGCACACAUCCUGAAUCGCUGCUGAAGUCACUGAAGGCUUCGUCAGGCAGUUCUUGAGGAAACUGUCAGCAUCACCAGGGAUAUUCUGAAGCUUGGUGGCCUUUGUGGAACAACCCAAUAGGAUGUCCUUCUUUACCAAAUCCUGUGUGCCCUACAGUCCUUGAGCCAAAGGCCAGGAGGUUAAAAAACAAAAUAUCACCACCGCUCCUGGGAACAUCUGAGUCCUGUCCUCAAUAUGAAGGAAGAGCAGACCUCCCAGAUGUCUCUUGUGCUGCGGGCUACCUGUUGAUCCUAGUGCGGUGAUUUUUUUUUAAGGUUAUUCUACUACUUUUACUUUUGGGUGCAGCGUUAUGGCCAGGUGAAUUACAUGAACUAGAUGAAGAGUAAAAAAGGCCGCAGGUGAAGUGUUACAGCUGGCUUAAACUCUUCCCAAAACUCAGAGGUGCUAUAGAUGAUUUUUAUUUGGGGGAAAUGGCCCUUAGCAGAGGAGAGGCAGAAAACAAGUGUCUUUUCAGAAAUGCUCCAAGUAUGCAGGGUAUUGGACAGUGUUUUCUUUUGAUAUGUAGGGUAAUAAUAUUUACAGGAAAAUAUUUUCCAAAAGGAAGAAUGGCUGAAGGGAGGACGCAGAGCCAGUUGGGCCAAAAUGAUCUUCCAAGAAUGUCUUCCGGUUUUCAGCACGCGAGGGAAUGAUGAUCAAGUUUUUCGCAUGGUGCAGUGCUUUGUAGCACAGCGAUCUAGAUUUCAGACUUUGUUAAGAUUUUCAAAAACCGAAUGUGCAUGGUGUGGCUGGCAGGGUGAGUGUGAAAGCUUUGAGAGUGAUUGAUUGCAUGGUGGGGCACCCACGCUGUUUUCACUUGCUGGAUUUUACUGACGCAUCCAUGUACCUGUCCCGUGAGGAACUUCGGUGGGAAGAAUGUUCUUUCUCACAACUUCACGUGUAUUAGAGUCUAUGGGGUCACUUCUAGUUCACUUGCACUGUUUGGGAAAUGCCAGGUUUACAAAAUUACAUGUUUGGAAUUAAAAAAAUGGCUGCAAAUGAUUCAGGAGUCUGGUCUGUCAUUUCAUUGCUAACGAAGACUUUGAAUCCUUUCAGGAGGCUUGAGUU